AACGAAAAUUAUCUAAAAAGAAACCACACGUAAGAAAAAAAACAAUACUAAGCGUAUUCAGCUGUUACAUCGUAUCUAUUUUUUUUUUUUGCAAUCUAUCGUUUCAUCUUCGAUACAUAAAGUACCUCGUACUUAGCGUAAUUACGCCCAGAAUUACUUUCUCUGUUUUAACACGUGUUUCGAAGUAGUAUACUAUUUUUCCAACUAUUUAGCAACGCUCCUUUCAAAGUAACAGAGUUUUUGUUAUCUUCGGUGCACUUGUUGCCUGCGUUUACAGUUCUACCAACGUUCGCGUUAGUUCGUUUACUUGGCGUCAGAGGGCAGGACGAGUCGGGUUUGAGAGUUGAACUAAACGAUUCAACAGCAAAAUUCAAACGGAUUCUUAUUCAACGCGAGUGUGCUUAUAACCCGUAAUAGAAUUAUUAAUUUUGUGUGGAUUUCAUUCAGCCAGAAGAAACUACUGCCGCAAAUGUCUCGGACAUCAGGUUCAAUAACAAGAGUACCACCACACUAAGAUUAAUUUAUCGUGAAAACCUGUCUACGUAUCGUACGAUCGCGUCCAUAAUUCAGGAUAUCGUGGACCGGCAAGCCGCAUGGCACCGAACGUUCUCUCAAUUAUCGAAAUGGAGAGAAGCUAAACGAGAAGACGCCGGUGUCUCUCGUCUUGUUGCACUUCUUUUCUUCCCUGGGACAACAUGCAACGAAGAGGAUAGGUCGGUGCAAAAAUGAGUAGAGAAAAGGGUCGAGCGCGGGUGGCGGAUGGGCGAGGGACAGAAUGAGAUGGCUGAUAGAUGGUAAAAGUGUCACGAGCGUGUGAGUGCGUGUACAUGAAAGAGAAACAGCCGGAAAAAAGGCGCACACAAUGCAGCCGGGACGCUGUCACACCGAGUUCCGGCAAAGGAAUGAAAAACAGAGUCACCGAGCCUUCCUAAGACGGAACAACGGUUUCGGUUACGAGUGGAGUUGGUAGAAUAAGGAAGGUGACUCGAAGCCGUGUUGCGUGGCUACAUCCAAGUGCUUGAAAAUUAUAAAAGUCGAGUCCGUGCGUCUAGCACGAACUUGGGUUGAAAGUUCGGGCACAAGCUGAGGAGAAUCCUGGGAACGUUUGCGCGGGGCGGCGAGAGGUUCCAGAUGCUGAACUGCGAGGGAAGACCGCUGGCGUUUCUCCAAGAUCCUGAGAAUGUCACCGCAGAGAUCAGCCCAGGGAAUGGAUCAUGAAGUAACCGUGCACAAAGGCCACGUGUGAUUCUUUGCGAAGUAUUUAGCCACAAUUAAGAUGUACCCCGCGCCGGCGAGACACCCAGCCGCUGCCGGCGGCGGAGGAAGCGGCGGGGCUGCGGGAGGGAUAAAAUUCACGGUGGCUGACACUUGCGAGAGGAUCAAAGAGGAAUUCAAUUUCAUCCAGCAACAGAACCACUCACUGAAGAUCGAAUGCGAGAAGCUGGCCAGCGAGAAGACCGAAAUACAGAGGCAUUACUUUAUGUACUACGAGAUGUCGUACGGAAUCACCGUGGAGAUGCACAAGCAGACCGAGAUCGCCAAGAGGUUGAACGCAAUAAUCGUCCAGCUACUACCGUUCCUGGCACAAGAGCAUGGCUUGCAGCAUCAGCAGCAGGUGGCCAACGCCGUCGAGAGAGCGAAGCAAGUCACGACGACCGAGCUAAACGCUAUUAUUGGGCAACAACAGGGUCUACAGCAGCUACUGCAACAGAUUCACGCGCAGCAGCUGCCCCACGGAGCGGUGGUCGGCGGUCUUCCGCCAGGCGGAUUGUUGGGCUUCGCAGGUGCAGCCGCUGCGGCCGCAGCCGCGGUGGUUCCGCCGCAUCUAGCGCCGCCCCCGCACCCGUCGGCCGCUGCGGUCCAGGCGCAAGCGCAGGCGCUCCUGAAACCGUCGGAUCUGCAACAGCACCGGGCGGCGGCGGAGACUCCCGAGGAUCGUAAGCCGAUCGCCCUCACCGACGACAGACUACGGCGAUCCGUUUCGCCGCCCGAGAAAUUCCGCAGCCGCACCCCCGACCUCGAGAGCGAUCCCAAGAGGCGGAAGGAGGAGAAGCUCGGACACGAGAGCGACGGAGAAAAGAGCGAUCAGGACUUGGUGGUGGAUGUCGCGAACGAGGAGGCGUCAUCACCGCACGCGAACGGGGAACACUCAGAUCCACGCGAGAACGGCACCCUGGAGAAGCUGAGUGCUCCAGGACACGCGGGACCGACUUCCGGCUCUGGCUCCACUUCCGUAAAAGACAGGCCGCCCUCGCGAAGCGGAAGUUCCUCCGCUCGUAGCACACCAUCUCUGAAAAGUAAAGAUAUCGACAAGCCGGGUACACCUGUGGCGGCGGCGAGGGGGUCGCGCAGCUGUACGCCAACUAUGGGCGGAAUCCCUGGGCCCUUGGCAUCGCGAGUCUAUCAUCCGCCAUCGUCGCAGCAAACGCCACCGCAGGGCUAUCAGGGUUUGCCGUCCCGCGGCAAUGAGCCGCCGCAAUCGUCUUCGCCGUACAGCAACUUACCAUACGCCAGGACUUCGAUGCUCGGUUUCGAUGGCCACGUAAGGAUACCCCCGAGUAACGGGAUGAGCAACGUUCCUGGCGGUAAAACAGCAAUCUCGUUCCAUGCGAACGGCGAGGGUGAAAUGCAGCCUGUGGCAUUCCCCACGGACGCUCUGAUAGGACCGGGAAUUCCACGUCACGCGCGUCAGAUUAAUACCUUGACUCACGGCGAAGUUGUGUGCGCUGUUACCAUCUCGAAUCCGACCAAGUACGUCUACACCGGCGGCAAAGGGUGCGUGAAAGUCUGGGACAUCGGACACGAAGGCGGCGGCAGCAUCAAGCCCGUCUCGCAACUGGACUGCCUGCAACGCAACAAUUAUAUUAGAUCGGUGAAGCUGCUGCCCGACUGCCGAACCCUGAUAGUUGGAGGCGAGGCGAGGCAGCUGAUCAUCUGGGACCUGGCCAGCCCAACGCCGCGGAUCAAAGCCGAACUGACCUCCUCGGCGCCGGCCUGCUACGCGCUGGCCAUCUCGCCGGACUCGAAAGUCUGCUUCAGUUGCUGCAGCGACGGUAACAUCGCCGUGUGGGAUCUCCACAACGAGAUCCUGAUUCGGCAGUUCCAAGGGCACACGGACGGCGCCUCCUGCAUCGACAUCUCCGCGGAUGGCACGAAGCUCUGGACGGGAGGGCUGGACAACACCGUGCGUUCCUGGGAUCUUAGGGAAGGCAGGCAGUUGCAGCAGCACGACUUGAACUCGCAGAUAUUCUCGUUGGGAUAUUGUCCCACGGGAGAAUGGCUCGCGGUUGGCAUGGAGAACUCCAAGGUCGAGGUGCUCCACGCGUCCAAGUCCGACAAGUACUGCCUGCUCGUCCACGAAUCCUGCGUCCUAUCACUGCGUUUCGCGUCCUGCGGCAAAUGGUUUGUCUCCACUGGCAAGGACAAUCUGUUGAACGCUUGGCGCACGCCGUACGGCGCCUCGAUAUUCCAGUCGAAGGAGUCCUCGUCGGUGCUGAGCUGCGACAUCUCCGCCGACGACAAGUACAUCGUGACCGGAUCCGGUGACAAAAAAGCCACUGUAUACGAAGUGAUUUACUAGACACACGAUGAGAGACGUUUCCAACGUUUUUCUCUCUCUCUCUCUCCCCCCACUCCCCUCAUCGAGAACCCUGAACUCUUGAAACACGCGUCGCCGCUCCCGUUCUUUCGCGGGGGAGAUCUUACAAGUGAGACUUUUAGCAGCCUUAGGAGCCUAGACUGUUACUACUGUGUACAUAUAUAUACGUACGAAGUCUAUACCAUGGUAGAGUCGCGUUCGUGGGACGGCGCGAAGAUGACGAGGAAGACGCGGAAGAAAUCGAAGGAAGAAGACUGGAGGAAAGAAACGACGAAAACCUGAUGCGUGGGCCAGAGGAACCUGUAUGUAUAUUAGAGUUGCGUGUGCGUGGCCCGAUUGUAUCUACGACGGUGUGAUUACGUAGAGGAACUCUUUCUUUGUCGCGUGUAUACAACGAGAACGUGUUAAUGGGACGUUACCAAGCGAUCUUGCAUGAGCGUUAAGUGAACGGGAAAGCCUUGCGAAAUGGUGAUGCUAGAUAUGAUUUUCGUAUAAGUACCUAAUUAUAGAAUCAACACGCCCGUGACAGAUUGUCGAACAGCACGAAGACCAGAGACGGGCGAAAUUCUUAUCCGGAUACGAAUUUCGAUUAACCGAAUGAAAGAUAAACAGCUGUACGUUGUUUACCCUCGUCAUCAACGAGGCCAAUCCGAAUUGUGCAAUCAAAAUUUACGUCUCGCCUCGAUGUAACGACACCGAUUAGGUUUGCGCGUGUUGUUAUUUCGGGGUAGGGUUGAGGUUUUCGAGCAUUGACUUUCCUUGAUCCAAGGUUGAAUGUAGCGUGACAAGGGAUGAGUCCUUGGCUAGUAAAUAUUAAGGCAUGUUAUUUUGCAGAAUAUUUUUUUUGUUUUGGAAGUAUUAGGAAUGGAUUUGUGAGAUUUUCCUGUUAAAAAUGAGCCCAAACACGACCCCAUUCGGACCAUUCUCGAUUAUUCAUCAUUCGAAUCAUUUAUUGAAAUCAUUCUCACGCGUCUAAUUAAAUACGAUCCGAAUACAGUCGUGUUUGGGCUCAUUUUCAUCGGGAAACUCGCACGAAUUCACUAAUUAUAGUCCCGUGUACAAACGCUGCGAAAUAUAAAAUAUUCAUUUGUAUUAGUUUCCAGUCAAGCGAGGCUCAUAAUAAAUACGUUUAGGCGACCGUAAUAUUUCCAACAACAAUGAGAAGGAUUCGUGUCGUUAUAUCGAGGUAAAAUAUCAGCUCAAUCGAAUCAACGUUGUGAAUAAGUCGUUGCACAGUUUUUUUAUUCGUCGUUUUUCGAUCAAACACAAUUUCUCCCGUCUCUGACGAUGAUGACGAACGGCUCGAAUAAUGUCUACGAAAUUGUGCCCACUCUCUAACCCCGGACAUUUUUGUCGAGAACUUUUACAAUUUUUGCAAUCACUGUCCCUCUUUAGCGUGUUGCCGACGAUAAUAGUAAACUUACAUACCGUUGUGUACCUUGAACCCUUUCGAGACGGCGAGCGACUAUAAUCAUUUCCCGUAAAGCAUGCUCGCUAUAGUUCAAGGGCAACUAUAGUCCUCUACGAGCCACAGUGUAAUAUCUUAUGCCCAUAGCGCUAAUUGACAUCGGUAAAGGAGGCACAAUGGAAAGUAAGUAUACGUAGAGUCCUCAAUUUCCGUUCGUGCGUCGCGAAAGGGUUCGACCGUCUUAAAUGUUCAUAUGCACCUAAUUGUCGGAACAGCGAUUGGAAAAUUCGCGGGUGAUUCGUUUUGAAACUGUUUGUUGACGAUGACACCGCUGUUUCUACCUGAAAGGAAAGUAAACGCGAAUUCUGCACUGUGGGAGCAGUGUUGUGUAUUGUUUAAACGUAACUGGCCAUGACCACUAAUUUUAAAUAUAUCGAUUAAAAAUAAUUGUCUCUUUGCAUUUUGAAC